CGGCGGCGGCGGCGGCUGCAAGACGGCCGGGCAGGAGCGGCUCCGCCGAGGAGCCCCGCGGCAUGGAGGGGGCGGCUGGCCGGGCGCCCCGGGGUCCGCCCGCCGGACGCCGCCCGCUGCUGGCGCUGCUGCUGCUGCUGCUGGGGCUGCUGGGCGCCGCCGAGGCUGCAGAGUUGCCACCGCAAGGAGAACUUGUCACUCCCCGCUGGAUUUCCGGACGACGGAGCCGACGAGCAAUUGAGGGGGCAGAAAAGGCUCCGUCCCCUGAUCAUGGAGAGGUAGCAGUGACAGUGGAGGGCAAGCAACUUGUUCUGGUCCUGGAAAGAAACCAGUUUUUGUCUCCGGAUUACGCCGAGAUCCAUUACGCCGAAGAUGGGCAGCCGGUGACUGUCUCCCCCAACCACACUGAAUGGUGUUAUUUUCACGGCUACGUCCGAGGACACGUGGAUUCCUGGGUGGUGCUCACUUCCUGCUCUGGCUUCAGCGGGCUGAUUGUCCUCAGUCACAACAGCAGCUACUACUUGAAACCCCCCGCGGACUCCAGUUCUGAAGCUCACACCCUGUAUCGGGCGGAGGACGUGUGGAUCAAAGGGGGGACGUGCCAACAAGGGGACCUGUUGCCCAGCAGCGUGGCCGACGUCGCUGGACUCUUCCGGCCAUCGAAGCGGAAAAGGAGGGAUUCUUGGAGAGCGUUGAAGUAUAUGGAGCUUUUCAUUGUGGCCGAUUACUCCCUGUUUAGAGCUCAAAAGCUGAAUCUGGGAGUCACAAAGCAGCGGAUUCUGGAGAUCGCUAAUUAUGUAGACAAGUUCUACAGGUCCCUGAACAUCAAGGUGGCCCUGAUCGGCCUGGAAGUGUGGACGGAUCAAGACAAGUGCGCGGUCAGCCAGGACGCCCACGCCACCCUCGUCUCCUUCCUCCAGUGGAAGAAGCCGCUGAGAAACCGCAAGAAGCACGACAACGCCCAGCUCCUCACAGGGGUCACUUUCAUAGGGACCACCAUUGGGAUGGCGCCCCUGGAGGGCAUGUGCAGCGCGGAGAACUCCGGUGGGGUGAGCAUGGACCACUCGGAGUUGCCCAUUGGCGCCGCUGCCACCAUGGCCCACGAGAUCGGCCACAAUUUCGGCAUAAGCCACGACGCGGACGGCUGCUGCGUGGAGGCCACGGCAUCCCAAGGGGGCUGCAUCAUGGCUCCGGCCACGGGGCACCCCUUCCCCCGUGUGUUCAGCACCUGCAGCCGCAGACAGCUGGAGGGCUACUUCUUGAAAGGGGGGGGCGCGUGCCUGUUUAACCUGCCGGACACCAAGGACCUGGUCGUGGGGAAGAAGUGCGGCAACGGUUUUCUUGAGGAAGGGGAGGAAUGUGACUGCGGAGAGGUCGAGGAAUGCACCAAUCCUUGCUGUAACCCCCAGAAUUGCACGCUGAAAGCUGGAGCGGAGUGCGCCCACGGGGAAUGUUGUCAUUCCUGCAAGCUCAAGACUGCCGGGAUCCUGUGCCGACAGCCAGCUGGAUCGUGCGACCUCCCGGAAUAUUGCACGGGCGCCUCCCCCUACUGCCCUGCCAAUGUCUACUUGUUGGAUGGCUCAACGUGUUCCCACGGAGGGGAGUAUUGUUACAAUGGCAUGUGCAUGACACACCACCAGCAGUGUGUCCAGCUGUGGGGACCAGGAGCUUGGCCAGCCCCCGACGCCUGCUUCCAGGAUGUCAACAGGGCUGGGGACAUGUAUGGCAACUGUGGGAAAGACCGACAAGGCAACUAUGUGAAAUGUGCCAAGAGAGAUGCCAAGUGUGGGAAAAUCCAGUGUCAAAGCUCAGCUGCCAAGCCCAAAGGGACGAACACCAUCUCCAUGGACACCACCAUCCGGUUUAACGGGCAGGAGAUCAAGUGCCGAGGGACCUUAGUCUACGCCACCAAGGAUGACGAGGGAGACCUCUCCGACCCGGGGCUUGUGAUGACGGGCACCAAGUGUGGAGAAGGGUUGGUGUGCAAAGACCAGCGGUGUCAAAACGCGUCCUUUUUCGAAGAGGAUAAAUGCAUCUCCAAAUGUCACGGCCACGGGGUUUGUAACAGCAACCACAACUGUCAUUGUGAUGCUGGCUGGGCUCCUCCUUUCUGCGAGAAGCCGGGGCUGGGAGGCAGCGUUGACAGCGGCCCCGUCCAGCAAGACCAUUAUGAAGCCAUCUUGAUCACUUUGCUGGUGAUCUUCCUGCUCUUGGUGCCCUCUCUGCUUCUGGGGCUCUACACCUGCUACAAACGAGAGAGUUCGCCCCUCAACAAGUGGGUCAAGGACUUAAGGAAGAGGCAGACGAUCGGCAGAAACGGAAUUCUUCGUCAGAAAACAACGCAAGGACACUCUAAUUCCGGCUUCACUUUGCAGGAUAUUUCCUGCACUAAUAAAGGGAAGUCCAGCACUACCAGCCAGGUAGCAAGAGGCGUUUCCCUGCUUAAGCCCAACCCUCCUCAAGGGGGUCCCCACCCCAUCAACGUGGUACGACCCUUACGGCCCAGCUGCGGCCCCUCGGCCCCCCUCCAGAGGGACCCCAAACCUUCCAGGCCUCCCCCACUGCCGUUCCACGGAUCGCCCGCCAUGCCUCCGAAAGCUGGGUCUGGGGGUCCCGCCAAACUGCCCCCUCCGAAGAAGCCUCUUCCGAGCGCCCCUGUCCGACCCCUUCCGCUCAACCCACAGCGGAGACCACCUUACAGACCCCUCCCCAAGACUCUUCUGGCGAAAGACGUGGUCUCAGCUCCGAGUCCGGCCUUGCUGGUCAUGGUCGCCCCGACCAACGCCAAGCCAUCAGGCACCGGGGCCUUGAACCAUCUCUCCAAACCUCUCAAAUCCCUCCCAGGCUUCAAAGUCCAGCCCGCAUCUUUCCCCUUCAAGAAGUGACAAGGCUUGGUCAUCCUCGCCUUCCUCAUUUGCACUACUGCGGGUCCAACGCAGGGAUUUUUUGUUACCAGAGAACUUUUCAACCUUGGGGGGGGGUAUAUUUUGGGGGGGGGAUGGAACCACCCCCAAAAACGAAGAAACAGAGCUGUGGUCAUCGGUCCUCUUGUGGGGCUGUCGAGAGUAGGAGAACCUUGAGGCGCGUGGCUUCAACUGAUCCACAGAAGCUUUGCGAGCGUGACGAUAUCCUGACCUACCUCCUUGUUUUGCACAACGUGGCAAGAUGUUCUCUCCUGGACGGUCGUUUCAGUUGGGUAGACCUGCUCCCCAAGUUGGUCUCACCGGUUUACAGGUUGAUAUACCAGCUUUCCAGAUGUACGAUGGAGCAGAGCCUGAGAUGAAACCAGCUUACCCGUUGGGACAUCCUUCCAGGACAUUGGGCUAGGCUCCCAACCUCUCUUUGGAACAUGAGUCAAAUCUAGAUGGUCUGGAAGAGACCAGCUUGGGAAAGAUGGUGUAAAGUCCAAGGGGUUAAUGGGUUUUGCUUGAGUCCUUGUUGACAUCAUCACGAGAAGAAGGCUGUCUCAGCAGACCUCCCAUGAUUCCAGAAAACGGGAAGGGCCUUGGGAAAUGUCUUGAUUGCCUGGAAGGGUGCAGAUGUCCCUUGGGCGACCUCUUGGUUCCUUGAAGGGGGGAGGCCCAAGGUCUCAUUGGGUACAGGAAACAUGGUGUCUUUUAACUCUCCUCCCUCCAGUUAUGAUGGAUGGACAUCCUGUUCCUGUCCAUCCUCUCUCACUCUGUCCCACCACCCAGGGCCAUGAACAUCUCAGAUGGUGGACUGAGUCUUGAAGUCCAUCCAGCAUCCUGUUCCUGUCCAUCCUCUCCCACUCUGUCCCACCACCCAGGGCCAAGAACAUCUCAGAUGGUGGACCGAGUCUUGAAGGCCUCCCAGCAUCCUGUUCCUGCCCAUCUUCUCCCACUCAGUCCCACCACCCAGGGCCAAGAACAUCAGAGAUGGUGGGCCGAGUCUUGAAGUCCACAGCAUCCCGUUCCUGUCCAUCCUCUCCCGCUCCGUUCCACCACCCAGGGCCAAGAACAUCUCAGAUGGUGGACCGAGUCUUGAAGUCCAUCCAGCAUCCUGUUCCUGUCCAUCCUUUCCCACUCUGUCCCACCACCCAGGGCCAAGAACAUCUCAGAUGGUGGACCGAGUCUUGAAGGCCUCCCAGCAUCCUGUUCCUGCCCAUCUUCUCCCACUCAGUCCCACCACCCAGGGCCAAGAACAUCAGAGAUGGUGGGCCGAGUCUUGAAGUCCACAGCAUCCCGUUCCUGUCCAUCCUCUCCCGCUCCGUUCCACCACCCAGGGCCAAGAACAUUUCAGAUGGUGGACCAAGUCUUGAAGUCCACCCAGCAUCUUGUUCCUGUCCAUCUUCUUCCACUCCGUCCCACCACCCAGGGCCAAGAACAUCUCAGAUGGUGGACCGAGUCUUGAAGUCCACCCAGCAUCCUGUUCCUGUCCAUCCUCUCUCACUCUGUCCCACCACCCAGGGCCAAGAACAUCUCAGAUGGUGGACCGAGUCUUGAAGUCCACCCAGCAUUUUGUUCCUGUCCAUCUUCUUCCACUCCGUCCCACCACCCAGGGCCAAGAACAUCACAGCUGAUGGACCAAGUCUUGAAGUCCACCCAGCAUCCUGUUCCUGUCCAUCUUCUCCCACUUCAUCCCACCAUCCAAGGUGGAGAAGGUGGUGGAGAUGUUGCCACGUUCUAUGUGUCCACCUUACUUGGUGGGACACUUUCUGAAAUGGUGGUUGGUUGGGUAGGGGUCGACCACAUGGGAGAAGAAAGCCAGGAAGGGCGGGAUAGUGGUUAGAGAUGCAGCUCAGCCCCAUGAUGGACCCCUGAUGAUGGUCAUCUCCCAUUCCAAUCUUCUGUUGGGCCUACAGGAAACACCAGAUUGGGAUUGAAAUGAUUUAGAGAGUCUGGCGUUCACACCCGUGAUCAGAAAAGCCAACAUCUUCUCUGAUUUCAGAUGGGAAAGAGGGAGACACGCUUCACAGGGAGUCCUCGACUUACGACCACAAUUGAGCCCAAAAUAUCUGCUGCUAGGCGACAAGGUUGUUAAGUGAGUUUAGCCCCGUUUGGUGGCCUGCCUCACCCAAAUUGUUAAAACCACCCCUGCAGUUGUUAAGUUAAUCACACUUUAAGUCGUGUGAAGCUGGCUUCCCCCGUCGAUGUUGUGUGUUGGACCGACGCAAAAGAGGAUCACGUGACACCCCGCCCCCCCGGGACAUGGCGACCGUCGUUAAAUACGAGCCGGUUGUCCAGCGUCCGAAUUUUGAUCCUGUGACCGACGGUCGUUAAGUGUGAAAAAGGCUCCCAAGUCCCUUUUUUCGGUGCCGUUGUAAUUGCGAAUGGUCGCUAAACGAACCAAGGACUGCCUACCUUCACACACGCCUUCCUUGUGGAUCUGUGUCUCAGGAAGAAUAAAAAUGCACCUUUUUGCUCUCAAGAAUGGCGCUGGGUAGACCAAGCCCACAGUCGGACCCCGGACCCUGUGAACUUUCGGGGACCCCUCCCUCUGGACCCGAGGGGGCGGGGCUAAAUGCCCAGCCUAAUUCCCACGAUCUAGGAACACGUCCCAACACGGAGCAGGUGCCUUCUUCUCCCCCACCCCCUAGGCCUUCUCCACAGCCCCUUCCGGUCUCCGACCAAUUGCUCCUGAGCCCAAGAACAGGGCCUGCGCCCCCUUCUCUCCUUUGAGACGCACUGAUGACCUCUGGGUAGCCCGCUGUUGCCUUGCGGAUGCUGGCAUUCCUCUGCCGAGUGCUUCCCCCCCCCCAUGUGUGGGGAUGCCACUGCGUUGCUAGAAGGUUCUUUCGACUUAUGGGGGGGGGAAUAUUUCAAACCGGUCCCCCCCAAUCGGAACCUUCUAGCUUUUUCUUUAUCUCUCCCCCCCCCCAAGCUCUGUUUCGCUAUUUCUUUAGACGGGGGGGGGGGGUGUCUUCAAACUUGGCGACUUUUAAGACUUAUGGACUUCAAUUCCGCAGCCAGCCAUCAUGGCUGGCUGGGGAAUUCUGGGAGGUGAAGUCCACAAGUCUUAAAGGUCGCCAAGUUUGGGGACAACCCCCUCCCCCAAUUUCCUUAGACAAUUUCGCUACGUAUAUUUCCACACGAAGAAGACCACUUGAAAAACCCGGUCUUCUGAAAGCUUUAGGCCCUUUUUAAUAAUAAUAAUAAUAAUAAUAAUGACGAUAAUAAAUAAAUACUUUUUUAA